GUCGUCGCCAAUUGCUUAGUCGUCGGUAGAUCUACCACAAUGCGAGCAUGUGUCGUUCCCAUGUCACUAACGGUUCCCAUUAUACUUCUCCCACCUCAGCCAAUUUGUCCCCUCAUUGUCCUCCCUGUUUAAUCCUUGUUUUACUUGGGAGUAUACAAGCUGAAGGAUAGCGUCCCAAUUGAAUAGCAGCAACAUGUCCGAAUCUAAGCAGCCCCAUUUCGAAACUUUACAGCUUCAUGCGGGUCAUGAACCAGAUUCCGAGACCCAUUCGCGAGCAGUACCAAUUUAUGCAACCACGUCCUACACCUUCAAUGACUCCGCACAUGGCGCCAGACUCUUUGGUCUCAAAGAGUUUGGCAACAUCUAUAGUCGGAUUAUGAACCCCACUGUAGAUGUCUUCGAGAAACGUAUCGCUGCCCUUGAAGGUGGUGUCGCAGCCGUCGCCGCCUCUUCGGGUCAAUCUGCGCAGUUCAUGGCCAUAUCUGCCCUUGCCCAUGCUGGCGAUAAUAUCGUGUCCACCAGUAACCUGUACGGUGGCACUUAUAACCAAUUCAAAGUUUUAUUCCCUCGAUUGGGAAUUACAACCAAGUUCGUCCAGGGAGACAGCCCGGAGGCCAUAGCUGCAGCUAUUGACGACCGUACGAAGGCUGUUUACGUUGAAACUAUCGGAAACCCCCGCUACAAUGUACCCGAUUUCGAAGCCAUCGCCAAGGUAGCCCACGAAAAGGGCGUGCCCCUAGUGGUCGACAAUACAUUCGGCGCCGGCGGCUAUUAUUGCCGUCCCAUUGAGCACGGCGCCGACAUUAUUGUACACAGCGCCACCAAGUGGAUUGGAGGUCACGGCACCACUGUUGCUGGUGUAGUUGUUGACAGUGGAAAGUUUGACUGGGGAAAGAAUGCAGCACGCUUCCCACAGUUUGUUGAACCUUCCGAAGGCUACCAUGGCUUGAAGUUCUGGGAAACCUUUGGUCCCCUUGCUUUUGCCAUUCGGGUGCGAGUGGAAAUAUUGAGAGAUCUUGGAUCAGCUCUGAACCCUUUUGCCGCGCAACAGCUUCUCCUCGGCAUCGAGACCUUGAGUUUACGUGCCGAGAGACAUGCAAGCAAUGCUAUAAUACUGGCCAACUGGCUUCGCAAAAAUGAAAAUGUCUCUUGGGUCUCAUACCCAGGGUUGGAGGACCACCCCAGCCAUGAGACAGCGAAGCGCUAUCUCAAGCAUGGCUUUGGUGGCGUUCUUUCUUUUGGGGUCAAGGGAGGUGCUGCCGCAGGCAGUCAGGUGGUUGACGGCUUUAAGCUGAUCAGCAAUCUCGCAAAUGUUGGGGAUAUGAAGACCCUCGCUAUUCACCCUUGGUCCACAACUCAUGAACAGCUUACCGUGCAGGAACGCAUUGACUCUGGAGUCACUGAGGAUGGAAUCCGCAUCUCGGUGGGUACUGAGCAUAUCGAUGAUAUCAUUGCCGACUUUGAGCAGUCGUUCAAGGCUGCUAGUGCUCUGUAAACUAUGCUUUCGCUGGUUAAAUUUGAACUCUUGAAGUCUGGCUGGAGAGGCAAUGGCUGGUUCUGCGCUUAUUCCAUAGGGACUUGGGGAUUGGGUCGAAUCAGACACCAGAACGCAGACCCCUAAGCGACAACGCGCAUGGGCAGGCACUGAGAAAUCCCAUUGCACAGGCGGGAACAGACACUUUCACGUACUAUUCUGAAGAUAUCGAGAUGAUACCAAUAUGAAGC